UUAAAUCCUAAAUGAUACAUUGGGUCCCACAUACGUAGAAUACCGGUUUUGUAACGGGUGGGAAAAAUUCUCCAUUGUAUUUCUGGCAUGGCGCCGGCUUCCAUUGCAAUUUUUAGACACCUACCAACUUCUUCUUCUUUUUUUUUUUUUUUUCUUUCUUCUGUUCUGAAAUCUCUUUAAACAAACAAACAAAUAAAAAAGAAAAAAAGCAUUAAAUAUAGCGGUGCUAAAAUAAAAGUGCUUGAAAAUCGGUACAAUUUUUCCUGCAUGGCAUAGAGCGGUUUCCAAGCCUCUGGUCAGCUCUUCUUGAUUCUGAUUCGGAGUGAUUGAUUGAUUGUUUGUGAAAAGGAGGAAAUGUUAAUGUUGAUGGUUAUUACAACAGGCUGGUAGUUGAAAUUGGAAGAAGGCUGCAAAUUUGAGAUUGGACUCUUUCUUUCCCUUCUUAAUGCCAAAACCUGACUCCGUGUUAGGUUUUUUCAGAAGGGAAAGAAAGGAGUAUUUUUUACCAAAAUCAAUCUCAAUUCGCUACCAAUAAUUUGGAAAAUGAGCUUAAUGUCUGGUGUGGUUUCGAGGCAAGUUUUGCCUGCAUGUGGUAGCCUUUGUUUCUUUUGCCCUGCUAUGAGGGCGAGGUCCCGACAGCCUAUUAAGCGCUACAAGAAGCUCAUUGCCAAUAUUUUUCCUCGAAAUCCGGAUGAUGGGCCAAAUGAUCGGAUGAUUGGCAGACUAUGCGAAUAUGCUGCUAAAAAUCCUCUACGCAUCCCAAAGAUCACAAAUUCUCUUGAACAAAGGUGUUACAAAGAGCUGAGAAAUGAGAACUUCCAGUCUGCUAAAAUCGUGAUGUGCAUUUAUAGGAAAUUGUUGAUUUCUUGUAGGGAGCAAAUGCCUCUGUUUGCAAGUAGCUUGCUAAGCAUUAUGCAUACUCUAUUGGAUCAAACACGGCAGGAUGAGCUACAAAUUGUAGGAUGUGAGACUCUUUUUGACUUCGUAACUAAUCAGAAGGAUGGAACUUACUUGUUUAAUUUAGAAGGGUUUAUUCCUAAACUCUGUCAGUCAGCUCAAGAAGUGGGAGAUGAUGAAAGGGCAAAAAACCUACGUGCAGCAGCGUUGCAAGCUCUUUCUUCAAUGGUUUGGUUAAUGGGUGAACACUCUCAUAUUUCAGUGGAUUUUGACAGUAUUGUUUCAGUUAUCUUGGAAAACUAUGGAGGUUGUAAGAAAAAUUCAGGGAACCUUGAAAUCAACAAGCAAGGUCCUCAGAAUAGGUGGGUAGAAGAAGUACUCAAAAAUGAGGGUCAUGUGAUUCAUGUCAGUCUUCCGCCAGAGUUCAUUACAACUGUUCCUUCUUGGAGGACAGUUGUAAAUGAAAAAGGAGAAGUAAAUGUGACAGCUGAGAAUGCACGGGAUCCUUGCUUUUGGUCUAGGGUUUGCCUGCAUAACAUGGCCCAGCUAGGGAAGGAGGCCACAAACAUUCGCCGUGUACUGGAAUCUUUGUUCCGUUACUUCGAUAAUGCAAAUUUAUGGUGUCCUGAAUAUGGUCUGGCCUUCACAGUGUUAAAGGACAUGCAAUUCUUGAUGGAUGAUUCUGGGCAAAAUACACAUAUUCUGCUGUCUACAUUGAUUAAGCAUCUUGAUCACAAAAACGUCCUUCAACAAUCCAAGAUGCAGCUUGACAUUGUUGAGGUUACCACUUCUCUUGCUCAACAUGCCAAGGUUGAGCCUUCUGUAGCAAUAAUUGGUGCAGUAAGUGAUGUCAUGAGGCAUUGGCGGAAAAGCAUUCACUGUUCAUUUGAUAAUGCAAAAUUGGGAGCUGACGUGAAAAGUUGGAACAACAACUUUAGCGAAGCAGUGGAUAAAUGUCUUGUGGAACUAUCAUAUAAGGUUGGAGAUGCAGGCCCAAUUCUUGAUGUUAUGGCUGUGAUGUUGGAGAACAUCUCUGCUAUUACAGUUAUAGGCAGAACAAUGAUAUCUGCUGUUUAUCGUACUGCUCAAAUUGCAGCUUCCAUACCAAAUUUAUCAUAUCAAAACAAGGCAUUCCCUGAGGCAUUAUUUCAUCAGUUACUCCCAGCUAUGGUGCAUCCUGACCUUGAAAUACGACUUGGAGCUCACCGCAUCUUUUCUGUUGUACUAGUGCCAUCUUCAAUUUCCCCUCGUCCAUCCUCAACCAGUUUUGAGGCAAAAAAAGGGUUAGAUCUUCGAACGCUCUCAAGAACUGUCUCUGUCUUUUCUUCCUCAGCUGCCCUAUUUGAGAAUUUAAGGAAGGAGAAACCUUCCAUUAUGGAAGAUGCCUGCCAAGACAAGAAAGAAAAUGUUGUUAACGAGGGUGAACAAAUCAGGAAUGGGAUGGUUGACAAUUUGAAGUUCUCAAACAGUCAAGCCUACAGUAAAAAUUCUUCUGCACCUUUAGCCACAAAUGAAAAUUCUAUGGGUGGUUCAAAUAAGGAAACAGAGGCUGGUUCUCUAAGGCUGAGUAGUCAUCAGAUUAGUCUCUUGCUAUCAUCAAUCUGGGCACAGUCUAUUUAUCCUGCAAAUACCCCUGAAAACUAUGAAGCAAUUGCUCAUACAUAUGGCCUGGUAUUGCUGUUCUCUCGAGCCAAGAAUUCCAGUCACGAGUCUUUGAUUCGAAGCUUUCAGCUUGCAUUUUCCUUGAGAAAUGUUGCUCUUAAUGAAAGAGGGUCACUCCCACCAUCACGUCGUAGAUCCCUCUUUACCUUGGCAACUUCCAUGAUUCUCUUUUCAUCAAAAGCAUAUGAUAUUGCUCCACUUGUUCAUUGUGCUGUGGUACUUGCAGAAAAACUGGUUGAUCCAUUUCUACAAUUGGUAGAGCAUAGGAAGUUAAAGGCUGUUACCAAUAGACCUGACCACCCGAUAAAUAUUUAUGGAUCCAAGGAGGAUGAUGAUUCAGCUCUGAAAUUUCUGUCAGAAAUAGACAUUACAGGAGAGCAAAGCAGGGAAUUCUUUGUUGCCGAGAUAGUGAAAAGCUUCAAUUUUCCAGAUUCUAGAUUGUCAGUUGUGCAAGAGCAUCUUCUCAAUGAAUUUGUACCUGAUGAUGUGUGUCCAUUGGGAGGCCAGUUUAUGGAUGCUCUUCUUCAAGCAGAUCAGGGUGCUCCAAUUGUAACAAUAGAUGAAGAUGCUUUUCUAGAUUCCUUAGACAGUCACACCAAAUCUUAUAAGGAGUCGGCCGUUCAAGACCACAAACUACUGAGCGUCAAUCAACUUAUGGAAUCAGUCUUGGAUGCAGCACAUCAAGUUGGAAGAAUGUCUGUAACUGCACCUGAUGUGCCUUACAAGGAAAUGGCCCUUCACUGCGAGACACUUUUAAUGGGAAAGCAAAAAAAGAUGUCUAAUGUGAUAAAUGCCCAAAUGAAGCAGGAUAUUUUGGUUAAUAUCACUCAACAGAAUCAUAACGAGGAAGUGAAGAAGGCUGGAGAUCCUUUCAUUGACCAGAAUUUCACUGCAAACCCACAAAAACUAUCCAUCGGGGCUAUUCCAAUUCAAUGCGCAACAGAAUAUCAACACCAUCCUAACUUCUUCAGACUACCAGCAUCAAGCCCGUAUGAUCACUUCCUAAAAGCUGCUGGUUGCUGAUCCUAAUGAAGAAUGAGAAUUAUGGUUUUCCUCAGCUAGAUAAGAAACUUGCUUUACUCAAGUCGAGAACAGUUCAAACUUCGUAGGCCUUGCAGCCACAAGAAACUGAUGUUUUCUCAACAUAGGUCUGUCGUAUGUUAGAAGAGUCAGAGACACGAACAAGAUCGGUUGAGUUUGUUUUUCUCAUGUCAUUCCUUAAUUCUUUUAACCUUUCUUGUCUGGCUGUGCAAGAUUUUGUGCAGUGACUCUCCCCCAUUUGUUUCUUUGCUGGUGAUCGGAAGUUUUUCAACAUGUAUACUGGACUCAAUUCCUUUCAAUAUGUAAAGAAAAAUGAUAUGAUUAUAUAUAUGUAUAUAUAUAUUCUUUCCAUCAACAAUGGGGUAGAUAGAUUCGUGUAAAUUUCGGACCUGUGAUCAUAUAAUAGUAAAGAUAAUGGGAUAUGGGUUGUAUUA